AUGUUUGAUCCUUCAGCUCCUCCGACAUCAUCAUGUCCCUUCUGCACAAUCUCAUCCACCUUUGAGCCAUUCGACCCCUUAAAUCCACCACCAUCAACAUCCUCACUCAUCAACCCAGAGCUUGUAUCACCCGCCUCCUUCAUCGUUCUCUCAACACCAGUUCUCGUCGCCUUUCUCGACAUUCUACCGCUAAGUCGCGGCCAUCUACUUCUCUGUACGCGGCCUCACCGUCCUAAACUCAGCGACGUGACAGCUUCUGAAUCCGCGCACCUGGGUCGCUAUCUGCGCGUUCUAUCAAAAGCCAUGGCUCGUGCGACAGGCAUUGAAGAUUGGAACGUGGUGCAGAACAACGGGGCUGCUGCUGCGCAGGUCGUACCGCAUAUGCACUUUCACAUCAUCCCCAGGCCGGAGAUUAGAGCCAGUGGGAGGUUUAGUGAGAGCUUUACUAUGUUUGGUAGGGGGAGGAGAGAAGAGUUGGAUGAUGAUGAGGCGGUGGUUUUGGCGGAGGAGUUUAGGCAGAGUGUUGCCGCCGUGAUGAGAGAAGAAGAGGAAGAGGAGAAGCAAAAAGAGAGCAAGGCUAAGCUAUGA